AAUACCUAACGUGUGGGUGGUAAAAAUGUAGCAAGCUGACAGCAGUGCGCGGUAGUCUCAUGGUUGUCUUCAUUUAUAGCCUAAAAUAUAUUUAUUAAUGACUAUGCGAACUAAAAUGUCAAAAUGUUCAUAGAUACUCCGAAUUUGAAGCAAACGUGAACGGUAGGUAUAUAGUGCCGACUGCCGACGCCCUGAGUGCGGUCUCUACUAAAAAUUAACAAACCAGUCUAAUCCGUCCCAUUUUACAGUUUGUAUUACGCAUGCCCACACGGGUUUGAUUUGUGUUUUUGUUAUUGAUGUUGAGGUUAUGUCGGUUUUGAAGAGAUUCAUGAACAACAGGGGACACAAUUUAAGUAAUUAAAUACCUCUAUACGUGAUUUUGGCCAUGUUGCAAGUUAUUAAGAAUGAACUACCGGAGGAAGUAACCACAAAUUUUCCUUGUACUGAGCAUGUAGAAAUUAAGGUUGAACCAAAGAACGAAAGUUGCUCUGCUGUUGAAGACCUUCCUAUAAAGCAAGAAUAUAAUUACUGUUCUAUAAAAUUGAAACAGGAAUCUAAUGAUACUACUACUGAUGAAGUUUGUCCAUUUUUAAACUAUCGGCAACUGCCCGCAGCUUGUACAAUGCAAAUACUAGACGUACAUGGCAUGAAGGCCUCAUUAACUUGCAUGCUUGGUAAUAAGAAACAGUUUUCACAAGAAUACAUUUGCUACCACUGUAACUAUAAGGCUAGACGUAAAUCAAAUUUAACCCGCCACGUUAGAGGACGUCACGGUUUGGAGGAAUUUAAGUGUCAUCUCUGCAAAUACAAAACCAAAUUAAAACCACGCCUAACUGAACACGUAAAAGGGUGUCACGGUUUGGAAAAAUUAAAUUGUCAACAGUGCGACUAUUCCACAAAGCGGAAAUCGGAUAUGAUCAAGCACAAAAAACGAGUACACGGCUCCGAACAAUUUAAUUGUCAAAAAUGUGACUACUUUACAAAAUAUAAAGUGUAUUUAAACGAUCAUGUGAGAGUGCACCACGGUUUACAAAAUUUCAAUUGUCACCACUGCAGCUACAGUACAAAAAGGAAAUCGGAUAUGGUCGCACAUCUGAAAGGGCUUCACGGUACAGAACAACUACUUUGUGUACAAUGCGACUACACCACCAAACGUAAAUCAAACUUAACGCAACACAUGAAUAGGUAUCACAGUUUAGAGGAAUUUUACUGCCAGUGGUGUAAUUAUACCACAAAAUGUAAAUCAUACUUUACCGCUCAUAAAAAAUGGUAUCACGGCUCGGACAAAUUUCAUUGUGAUCAAUGCAACUACGCAACAAAACGGAAACCAAAUCUAAUUAAACACGUGAGAAGACACCACAGCUUGGAAGAAUUUAGUUGUCAACAGUGCAGAUACCGUGCAAAAUUGAAAUCAAGUUUAAUCGAACAUACGAAGGCACGUCAUGGUCUCGAAACAUUUAAUUGUGAACGGUGCACUUAUACCACAAAAUGUAAAGCGUAUUUUAAAGCACACGAAAAGGACGCUCAUGGUCCAAAAGAAUUUAAUUGUCAAGAAUGCACCUACACCACAAAUCGGAGAACAAAUUUAAUUCAGCAUGUGCGGAGAAAUCACUGCUUACAACAAUUUAAUUGUGAACAGUGUAAUUACGUCGCCAAAUGUAGAGCAUAUUUAAACUCUCAUGUGAAAUGGAUUCAUGGUUUCGAAGAAUUCAAUUGUUAUCACUGCCAUUAUACUACAAAACGGAAAUCGAAUUUAGUCAGUCAUUUAAAAGUUCAUCGUGUGGUCAUUGUACAAUAAAGUAUUAUUUGCAUUAUGGUUUUUCAUUUGCUGUUUGAAUAUAUCGAUGAAGUAGAUCUUACAUAACUGAAUUGGUUAGAGGUAGGCACGAACUGAGGUAGGGCUUUGGGGUCUCCAAUAGUUUAUGGUAGGUAAUCAAUCUAUAAAUGCCACAUAAAAUUUCAAUCCCCCAGGAACAAGUAUAGGGUGACCAUAUAUUUUAAGCAUGAAUGCUGUACAGCAAAUAAUAAAACAGUUUUUUUUAUGAUGCCAUUUAUUUUUAAAGAUAUUUCUCAGUUGAAUGAACUUUUUUCAAUAACGCUUGAUUAUCUUUAAUUUUUGACAAAAAGUCCUCGCCAGACUGUCCUAAGUUACACCAGUAGAGGAGUACACAAGACUAGUCUAGACUCUAGACUCUAGUUGGUCUCAACCUCAACGAAAACACGUUUUUCGAAAAAUCACUGGCGCAGCAUUAUAACGCAUCACAUGCUCUAGGACCUAGGUGGGUGAGGUACGGUGAGAACUUACCGAGUGACGACUGCCGAGUCGCGCGAAUCGAUUGCCUUCCACACUGUGCGGAAGCCCGGAAUGGCAAAGCCGAGUUGCAAAUUUAAUAAACGGAGCAAUAUGCAUACUCCUUAUUUUACAUUGAACGAUAUAAUGCUGUACAUUUGGCUGUACAUCACUCGACGCUGUACAGAUUGUCAAAAUUCCGUACAAUACAGCAAAAUUCCGUACAUAUGGUCACCCUAAACAAGUAUAUAUGGGUGAUGGCAUGGAACAUUUUCUAACUCAAACAGUACACACCUGCAAAGCUUUGAUUUUUUCAGUUUUAUGAAUAAUUAUCUACAUGAAUUUUAUUUGAUUCUAGGAAGGUAAUAUUUCUAUUGUUACUAUGAAUACUCAAAUUGCUAGUGAAAUCCCCAUGCUAAUAACUAAUAAGUAUAUAAUGACUAUGUGCA